AUGGCAUACGAGAAGGAGCUCAAGGUCGCGCAACUCGCCGUUGCUCGCGCCGCCAUUCUCACCAAGGCCGUCUUCCACGAGAAGGCCAAGGGCACCGUGUCCAAGGACGACAAGUCGCCCGUGACGAUCGGCGAUUUCGGUGCCCAGGCCCUGAUCAUCGCCGCCAUCAAGCACAAUUUCCCCGCCGACGAAGUGGUCGGCGAAGAGGAGGCCUCGUCUCUGCGUGAGCAGAAGGAUCUCUCCUCCAAGAUCUGGAACCUGGUCAAGGAUGCCCGACUCAGUGACCCCGAGAGCGACGCCCUGCUCGGCGGCCCGCUCAAGUCUGAAGAAGCCAUGCUCGAUGCCAUCGACCAGGGGAACUCGGCCGGCGGCAACAAGGGCCGCAUCUGGGCGCUGGACCCCAUCGACGGCACAAAGGGGUUUCUGCGAGGCGGACAAUACGCCGUGUGCCUUGCCCUCAUGGUUGACGGCGACGUCAAAGUCGGCGUGCUAGGCUGCCCAAACCUCCCCGUCGAUGACUCGGCCCCGCUCACCGAAGAUAUUGGUGCCGCCGCCACAGACACUGAGGGAAAGGGUGUUCUCUUCUCCGCUGUGCAGGGCCAAGGCGCGACCUCCCAACCCUUGACCAGUGGUGCCGUUACUCAGGGCCACCCCAUCCACGUGAGCAAGAUCUCCAAAGUAAGCGAGGCUGUCAUGUGCGAGUCCGUCGAACCGGGCCACUCCUCCAAGGGCGACAACGCCCUGAUCGCCGAAAAACUGGGCAUUACCGGCAAACCCGUGCAGAUGGACAGCCAGGCCAAGUACGGCAGCGUGGCCCGCGGCGCCGGCGACUUGUAUUUGCGCCUGCCCGUGCGCAAGGACUACAUUGAAAAGAUCUGGGACCACGCCGCUGGCGACCUGAUCGUGCGCGAGGCUGGUGGGCAGGUGACCGAUGUCGCUGGCAAGAGACUCAACUUUAGUCUUGGCCGCACCCUCACUGAGAACAAGGGCGUUGUGGCCUCCCCGGCAAACGUGCACGCAGAGGUCCUCAAGACGGUCCAGGAGGUAUUGGCGGUGAAAUAG